GCGGUCGUGUUUAAGAAGUUGCACACGUCCACUUCUCCCACCUCUCCUCUCCCACCCACUCUCUCAUAUCUGCAAUUCCACAGCCUUGACGACUCGGUCUGAUUCUUCCUUCUGAUACCCUUUUCUGCCUCUACAUCUUUAGUCCCAUCAAGACCUCCACCCCGUCUACCCCUCGUCACCCCUCGUCACCCCUCGAGACCCGCCGUCUCUUCCAUUUUCAUACUUAUCCCUUUCUAUCACAUCAACACGCCACAAUGUUCGUGUACAAGCGCGACGGACGCAAGGAGCGUGUUCAGUUCGACAAAAUCACAGCUCGCGUGUCAAGAUUGUGUUACGGUCUUGAUCCCGACCAUGUCGAUGCUGCCGCCAUCACAAUGAAGGUCAUUGCCGGUGUCUACCAGGGUGUCAACACAAUCCAGCUGGAUGAUCUGGCUGCCGAGACUGCCGCCUACAUGACGACAACCCAUCCCGACUACGCCGUCCUCGCAGCACGUAUCGCCGUGUCAAAUCUCCACAAGCAGACCAAGAAGCAGUUCUCUGCCGUCAUCUCGGAUCUCUACCACUACAUCAACCCCAAGACCAGAAAGGCCGCUCCCAUGAUCUCCGAAGAGACAUACAAGACUGUCAUGGACCACGCAGAAGAGCUCAACUCGGCCAUCGUCUACGACAGAGAUUUCAACUACCAGUACUUUGGUUUCAAGACCUUGGAGCGCUCAUAUCUCCUCAGACUCGAGGGCAAGGUUGCUGAGAGGCCCCAACAGAUGAUCAUGCGUGUUGCCGUCGGUAUCCACGGCGAGGAUAUCGAGGCUGCCAUCGAGACAUACAACCUCAUGUCGCUCAAGUACUUCACCCACGCUUCGCCGACCCUCUUCAGCGCCGGUACCCCUCAACCUCAGUUGGCUUCGUGCUUCCUGAUCGACAUGAAGGAUGAUUCGAUUGAUGGCAUCUAUGAUACCCUCAAGACCUGUGCCAUGAUCUCAAAGAACGCUGGUGGUAUCGGUCUCAAUGCUCACUGCAUCCGUGCCACUGGCUCCUACAUUGCUGGAACCAACGGUACCUCCAACGGUCUCGUCCCCAUGCUUCGUGUCUUCAACAACACCGCUAGAUAUGUUGACCAGGGUGGCAACAAGCGCCCUGGUGCCUUUGCCAUCUACCUCGAGCCUUGGCACGCCGAUGUCUUUGCCUUCCUCGACCUUCGCAAGAACCACGGUAAGGAAGAAGUCCGUGCUCGCGAUCUCUUCUAUGCCCUCUGGAUCCCCGAUCUUUUCAUGAAGCGUGUCGAGCAGAACUCGACCUGGACCUUGAUGUGUCCCAGCGAGUGCCCUGGCUUGGCUGACGUCUACGGUGACGAGUUCGAGGCUUUGUACGAGAAGUACGAGCGUGAGGGUCGUGGUCGCGACACCAUUCGCGCUCAGAAGCUCUGGUACGCCAUCCUCGAGGCUCAGACCGAGACCGGUAACCCUUUUAUGCUUUACAAGGAUGCUUGCAACCGCAAGAGCAACCAAAAGAACCUCGGUGUCAUCCGCAGCUCCAACUUGUGCACUGAGAUCAUCGAGUACACUGCUCCCGAUGAGGUCGCCGUCUGCAACUUGGCUUCCCUCGCCCUUCCUACAUAUGUCGACAUGAACGCCGAGAAAUUUGACUUCAAGAAGCUUCACGAAGUUGUCCAGGUCGUCACCAAGAACCUGAACAAGAUCAUCGAGAUCAACCACUACCCUGUCCCCGAGGCUCGCAAGAGCAACUUCCGUCACCGUCCGAUCGGUCUCGGUGUCAGCGGUCUUGCCGAUACCUUCCUUGCCCUUCGCAUGCCUUUUGACUCGCCCGAGGCUAGACAACUCAACAUCCAGAUCUUUGAGACCAUCUACCACGCCGCUUUGACCUCUUCGUGUGAUCUGGCUGAGAAGCUUGGUCCCUACGAGACCUAUCCCGGCUCUCCCGUCUCAAAGGGUGAGCUUCAGUAUGACAUGUGGGGAAUCACCCCUACUGAUCUCUGGGAUUGGGAAGCUCUCAAGGAGAAGAUUGCCAAGGAUGGUGUCCGCAACUCCCUCCUCGUUGCACCCAUGCCCACUGCCAGUACCUCGCAGAUCAUGGGCUUCAACGAGUGCUUCGAGCCUUACACCUCCAACAUCUACUCUCGUCGUGUCCUUGCUGGAGAGUUCCAAGUGGUCAACCCCUGGUUGCUCAAGGAUCUCGUUGACCGCGGCUUGUGGUCUGACAACAUGAAGAACCGUAUCAUCGCCGACGGCGGUUCUAUUCAGCGCAUCCCCAACAUUCCCGAUGAACUCAAGGCUCUAUACAAGACCGUUUGGGAGCUCAGCCAGCGUCACAUUGUUCAAAUGGCCGCUGACCGUGGUGCCUUCAUUGACCAGUCUCAGUCGCUCAACAUUCACAUGCAGAACCCGACCAUGGGCAAAAUUACCAGCAUGCACUUCACAGGCUGGAAGCUCGGCUUGAAGACCGGCAUGUACUACCUUCGUACCAUGGCUGCCGCCGCUCCUAUCCAGUUCACUGUCGAUCAGGAACAGCUCAAGGUUGUCGAUACCAACGUUGCCCGCAACCCAGCUAAGAAGCGCGGUAUCGCCGGCACUGGUUCGCCCGCUACCCAGUCUCCCACUCCUCAGCCCAUGUUCCAGUCGAAGCAGCCCCAGAACUCGGCUGUCGCUAAUGGUGUACCUACCCCCUCAACAACCCCUCCUCCUACUGAGAUCGAUACCAAGCAGACUCCCUUGAAGGAACUGCCCAUGAGAGCCCCUCCAUUCACCGCCGAUCUUCCUGAGGGAAGCAGCCCCAAGUUGGUGGCAGUUGACAGCAAUAUCGGCACCCCUGAUGAGGAGAUCAAGAACACUGUCAAGCAAGAUGAGGACGCUGCCGAUGACAGCAAAGACCGUGAAGGUGAUAUCUACGCCGACGCAGUUCUCGCUUGCAGCAUCGACAACCCUGAAUCUUGCAUCAUGUGCAGUGGUUAGAUCACCUGAAGGGGACGGAGAGAAUUGUAUUGUUCAUGUAUUACGAGGGCGGUAAAGCGUUUGUGCAUUGUGGUUUGCGGAGUCUAAUUGGGCACUGGGUAAUGGCGUACAGGUUAAACGUGGAUCGACAUAUUCACCAGGUGUAAUGAUAGAUAGCUAGCUCACUAGAGAAUCGUAACAGCUUUGAUUUCCAUCUUCCUGAGCCACGUGAUCAUUUGGUACUCGUCCCUCGGGUCGUGUUAACUUUUCAAGUUUGAUGUCCAUUCCCACUGCAAGU